AUGUCUCUCUUUCGAUAUAAUCGUAUACUAUUAUCGCCUUUAAUAUCAUCUAAACAAACAAGGUUGAUAAUCCCAUAUUAUCCAUCAUCAGUUAUAAUUCGUCAUGCCACAGAAAUUCGGUCACGAAAACCGGUACAAAAAGAUGUAAAAACGAAACAACGAAAAAAUACGGUGAAUCCAGUUGCUCAAAUAAAAAAGUUGGGCGAUAAAGCAGGGAAGAUACUUUCGAAUGAAAAUUUGGAAGCUAUUUAUAAUCGUUUCGAUCCACUUCGUGAAGAUAUGUCAAAAGAUCCAGCUUUUCUUGAUGAAUUAGCAACAGUUAAAAAUCCUCUACAAAAUAUUGUUCAAUUAAAAGAUAAUGAUAUUCGAUUUAGUAAUCGUGUUAUGAAAGCAAAAAGUCGUCAAGAACGUUACAAAAAAGGUUAUAUUCUACUUGAAGGAAAACGUCUGAUAGGUGAUGCAAUUCAAGCCGGUGCUGAUCUUUUAACAAUCUUUGUUACCGAUCGAAAAAUUCUUGAUACAAUCGAUUUCUCAACAACAGAUCUCAAUUUUACUGCUUAUCAGAUUUCAUCAAGUGCAUUUCGUAUUUGGUCUGAUGUACAAACCAAUCAAGGUGUUAUGGCAAUAUUUGCAAUGCCACGAGCAGAUAGUUGCUCAUUUCCACAACGAAUAACUCUGCCGAUCACUGUUGUUUGUGAUAAUGUGCGUGAUCCGGGAAACAUGGGAACAAUCAUUCGUACAUGUGCUGCUGUUGGUUGUGAUCGUUUAAUUGCGCUUAAAGGUUGUGUAGAUAUUUGGGAUCCAAAAGUAAUUCGUUCGGGCAUGGGUGCACAUUUUCGUUUACCUAUGAUCAAUGAUGUCGGAUGGGAAACUAUUGCUAAUCAUGUACCAGAAAAUAGUAAAGUUUAUCUUGCUGAUCAUAAAUAUUCGGAUGAAGAAAAACCUACAAAUCAUGAUAUCGAUGAUCCAUCAAAAAAGAUGUUUGAAGAAAUGCUUGAAAAACGAAAAGAAAUGAAGCGUACAAAUACAGCAGAAGAUCGUUCAUAUUCAUCAUCGAAUAAUCGUUUUUUACCAUUAUAUAAAAAUAUUCCUAUUGAUUAUCUUUCAAUGUGGAAAGCAUUUUCAAAUGUAAAAUCAACAGAUCAUACAACAAUAAUUAUUGGUGGUGAAACUGAAGGUAUUAGUCUUCAAGCAAGAAAAUUAACGGUUGAACUGAAUGGUAAACGGGUUUAUAUACCAUUAUUAAAUGACGUCGAAAGUUUAAAUGUUAGCAUUGCAUUAAGUGUUAUCUUAAUGGAAUUAAGAAAAUCUUAUGAAGAUAUUGUUCAAAAAUCAUUUUCCAUUAAAGAAUGA